AUGGCGAGCCCCGAGGAGGAGCGGCGCGCCCUCCGGCAGUUUCUCCGCUUUGGAGAGACGCGGCCGGUCGCCGAGGCCAUGGGGCUAAGCCCCGCCCCGGAGUUAAGCCCCACCCCGAAGAGCCUCCGGUCAAACGUCGGCGCGGCGAGGAACGCGAGAGGAGGUUCACGACUCGCCCGCCGCAGUGAGGAAGAUGAGGACGCCGUCCGCCAUUUUGAAGGAUUUCCAAAGAGGCCGCCUUCGCUUCUGCCUUUCCACUUUCCAAGCUCCGCCUUGCUCAGUUUGGCUCCGCCCAUCAAGGAGCUGGCCCGGUGUCUACGGAGGCCCAGAGGGACCAAACCAGCCCAGAGACCGGAGGGAGAGGAGGAGGAGGAGGAGGAGGAGGAGGACCCGAUUCCACCGAGAGCCGGACCGAGUUUAGAGCUCGAAGCAGACGCCGACAAGACCUCCUCCUCUCUCCAUCACUCUCUCCAUCAGCCCUCCUCCUCCUCUCUCCAUCAGCCCUCCUCCUCCUCUCUCCAUCAGCCCUCCUGCUCCUCUCUCCAUCAGCCCUCCUCCUCUCUCCAUCAUCCCUCCUCCUCCUCUCUCCAUCAGCCCUCCUCCUCUCUCCAUCAUCCCUCCUCCUCCUCUCUCCAUCAGCCCUCCUCCUCUCUCCAUCAGCCCUCCUCCUCCUCUCUCCAGCAUCCCUCCUCCUCCUCUCUCCAUCAGCCCUCCUCCUCCUCUCCCACAAACAUCUCCCAGAAGUGUUACGGCUCCUCCUCCUUCCCUUUCAAAUCCCUCCCAUCCUUCUCCUCCUCCUUCCUCUGUCCUCUUCCCAACUUGUCCUUUUUUUCCUCCCGCCAUCCACUCCCAUCCUCACCUCCCUCCCUCCGUCCUCUCCCGUCUUCCCUCCCUCCUCUCUCCCCCGCAGGAGGCCGGAAGGGGAGGGUCUGCUGUGGCGACUGUGGGAAAAGCUUCUAUGACAAAGGAACGCUGAAGAUCCACCUCGACGCCGUGCACCUGCAGAUCAAACACCGCUGCACGGUGGCGGGCUGCGCCGCAGUCUUCAGCUCGCUGCGCAGCCGGAACCGACACAGCGCCAACCCGAACCCGCGGUUGCACACGGGCGGCAGAGACGACCACGCUGACCGGCGUCCGAGCGCACACGCCGAACUGCAACCGCUUAGGGCCGCGCACGCCGCGCACGGCGCUACCGUGCGGACAAACGGGCCGAACGGUGGAAACGAUCACCGCAUUGGGCGGGAUGGCGUGCCGCCUCAAGCCGCCUCCCCUUCUCCUCAGCCUCUACGCCUAACCCAGACCCCGCCUCCUCCACCUCCCCCGGGCUCACCUCUGUCUCUCGUCCCCCUGGUGGACGAAACCGAACGGCGUCGACACACCGGCCGCGCUGCAUUUAGCCCCGCCCCCGUCGACGCGGCGAGCCGCCGGCCCGGUGGGCAGCGGCGGUGGGAGUCAGGUGACCACUUGCCCAGGAAGUCGAGCACGCCGGUGAAAAUAGAGAGAGAGAAGGUGGAGGGAGGGAGAGGCGAGGAAGAGGAAGAGGAAGAGGAGACAGAGUCAUGGAGGCAAAGCAACGAGUCGUUUUUUUGACAAUUGGAAAAUGUCUUUCCUCGAACGCCGACGGCAAGAACAGUUUAUUUAAAUUUGACCAGAAUUUGACCAUCAGAAACAUGUUGUUGUUGUUGUUGUUUCAGAUAAACGAGACUCAUGUUUACUCAGUCUUUAUUGAUCUGUGAUGUCUGUGUUGUUGAUAAAUAUUUACCAACCAUC